AACAGUCACAGGUCAGGUGAUCCGAAGAGCUACAUUGUAAAUAGACAGCGACGAUCCACCGGGGACAUGCCUUCAUAGACUCUUUAAGUCCCCUCUGACGGAACAGGUAUUUACCCCUCCGAGACUGCGUACCUUAAAAACCGGGUCUCCAAUUGUUUCGGGUCAUUUCGGCGCGUGAAAGUCUUACUAAAGUAUGUACCGGUCUCUAUACGCCUUCCGAUCCGCGGAGCCCAACUCGCUGCACUUCGCGGCCGGAGAAAGCUUCUUAAUCCUGGAGAGGAGCAACAAACACUGGUGGCUGGGGUCCCGCUGCAGCUCUGGGGAAACCGGCUACAUCCCAUCAUCAUACAUCGAAAAAAUACAGGCUCCAGAGCAGGAUGAGGUGUUGCAGUCUAUUGACAGAGCAAUUGAAGGAGUCCACAAUGUGGCCUUAAGAAAUGGAGGCAAAUACAACCUGGAACAGAGGGAUGUUCUCCAAAAAUUGAUCCAUCACAGAAAGGAGACCCUUGAAAGACGAAGUUCCUCGUCCGCCGGUCACAAACAAGGCCUCCCAUCCUCCAGCAGCGAAAUAUCUCUCAGUCAAACUCCUCCUCCACCCAACGGCCUUAACCGAGACUACGGACGACAGGGCAGCGUGCCGCUGUCAGGAAGUGUGGACAACAUACAGGCAGAACAGGGCCUUUACCAGGUGCCUCCUCAACCUCGGCGUGCGGCUCCGAUCACCCCACCUCCCCCUGAGAAACAGCGUAACGGCCGGCGUCCAGCAGAGCCAGGGGUCCCCUCCAGAGUGUCCUCUCUUCCUCCGUCCCCUGCUCCCUCCCUCACGACCAGCACCACCUCUUUAGAGUCUGGCUCCUCCCACUCACUGGUCUCCUCUGAUGUCAGCUUGCCAAGUGUUUCCAGCACCCCCCCUCCUCCUGUGCCAUCCCGUGUGAAGCCCACUGCACCUACUCCAGACGUGCUUGCCUCCGACUCCCCUUCUCAGCCAGCUCCUGCAAAGAAGAGCCCAGCUCCACAGCCUCCCCAUGGCACCCCUUCUCCUUCAAAGCCCUCUGUGGAGGAGCAGCCGGAGAGUGAUUGGCCUGUUGCCCCCCCUUCCAUCGCUGAAAGCCCUGCUGGUAGCCCCACAACUUCUGAGCCAGUUCCCAUGACUAUCGGGGCCGAGCUGAUUGAGCUGGUGCGGAAGAACACAGGCUUGAGUUACGAGCUGUCGCGGGUCGCUGUAGGCGUGGUGGUCGGACAUCUGCAGACGGCCUUACCUCAAGCCUCCUCUGAUUUGGAGCAAGUUCUCCUCUCCCUGGUGAAGAGCAAGGUGCAUUUGAAUGCAGCGCUGCCGCAGGGUCAGGUGUGUCACGAUGAACAGAGGCUGGAGGUGAUCUUUAGCGACCUCGCCCGCCACCGGGACGAUUCUCAGCAGCGCAGCUGGGCGCUUCAUGAAGACCACGCGCUCAUCGCCUGCUACCUCGAAGAGCUGCUGAAGAUACUGACUGAUGCAGAUCCUGAGGUGUGUAAGAAGAUGUGUAAGACCAACCACUUCGAGAAUGUGUUGUCUCUGGUUUCAUAUUAUCAGAUGGAGCUUCGCGUGUCUUUGCGGCUGCUGCUGCUCAAAGUGUUCGGGGCGAUGUGCAGCUUGGAUGCUUCUCUCAUCUCCACCCUCCUCAACUCCAUCAUCCCGAUGGAGCUGGCCAGGGACUUACAGACUGACACACAAGAGCACCAGAAGAUGUGCUACACAGCUUUGGUGCUCACUAUGAUCUUCUCAAUGAGCGAACAGGUGCCAUAUCAUCACUACGAACACUUGAAUGCUGACUUUGUUGAGUUUCUGCUGGGUGUGGUGGAGGACGGGCUUCCCUCUGAUCCCACAGAGCAGUUGCCUGACAUCUUCCUGAACCUCCUGCUGGCCUUCAACCUGCACCACACAGCACCCGGCAGCAAUGUGAUCAUGCAGGAGCUGAAGAAGAAAAAUGUCAAGAUCCUGUCUGAGAAAGUGCUGCUGCUUCUUAACAGAGGCGACGACCCUGUGUGUAUGUUCAAACACACCCCGCCUGCACCGCACUCAGUGCUCAAGUUUCUGCAGGAUGUUUUCGCCAGCCAAGAGACGGCUGACAUCUUCUACCGCACUGACAUGAUGGUGAUGAUUGACAUUGCUGUUCGACAAAUCUCUGACCUUUCACCUGGAGACAAGCUGAGGAUGGAGUAUCUCUCCCUAAUGCACUCCAUAAUACGCUCAACGGACUACCUCGAGCACCAGCACCGCCAGUCUGACCUGCAGGGGGUGCUGCAGAGGAUUCUCAGGGAGGAGGAGGAUGCCGGAGAGGAUGAAGGGAGCGCUACAGCGAAACAGAUGGAUAAGCUAAUUGUACAGCAGAUCUACAAGGAGUUCCCGCAGAUCAGUGAGAACCAGCACUAACCAUAUCAGUACCAUACUAACACGCCGUAGUCUGCUCCUGUCUACUAAAGGGAGGUACAGUAAAUGUUGAGGGACAAAGAGGUGACAAUGGAUGGGACGCCCUGUAUUCUGUGCCAGCCUGUGCUGAGAGAAGCUAAUCAGUUUUGCCAAUUACUUGAAGUCCAGGGCUGCGGCAUGCAUAUGAUGUCGAUAUCAGAAAGAUGCUCAUGUUGUUCACAGCUUCUCCCAUCUCAAAUUAAUUUUAUUUGAAAAAGAAGUGGUAGGAUUUUUUUUUUCUCUUGUGUUCUUCAAGAUGGGAAGAAUAUGACAAAUGCACAAAAACCUGUGAGGUUUAGUCACACUUGGAGAUAAAAAAUAGUCAAAAUACAGGCCAAACACUGGAGCUGUUUCACAGUGAAUUCCUAGCAAUAAUUACGUUAAAAUCAUACAAUAACUGUAUGCACUUAUAGUAUUUAAAACCCCAACUAAAUCUUAUUCAAACCUAAAUAUAUAUAACCAAAUUGAUUUUAAAAUGCAAUCAAAGAUUUUGAAUACAAAGUGCCAUUAUUUGAAUUGUUGUGAGAAUAUAUUAUGUGCUUCCCUUGUAGUGGGACCAAACUACUGUGUGUUACUACAAGCAUUAUUUUCUUAAUAGAGUAUAAUACUCUUAAAGCUGACUUCCUCUUUCAUUCACCCUUCAUUCAUUAGAAUUAGAAUUUAAGCCAAGUCGAACAAGUUUAUUAUUCUAGUGAGAAAAAAAGCACACUGACUCAUGUGUUAUCAAUACGAAGCUUUUAGCUGAGUAACUUGCUGCUACAUAUUGAGUCUUUCCUGUGGCUCCGUAUCUCUUUACUGCUUAUUUAAACACGUUGAUGAUCACUCUGUAUUUACAUAUGCAAAACUCCUCUAACAUAUGAAGUUAUUGACCGUUUACAGAUUAAAGUAUGUAUGUCGCAUUCACAUUCAAACUAAUUGUGCUGCAAUAAGGCUUUACAUAGCAACUUGCAAUAUAGCUGAAAUAUACCAAUAGUCUUGGCUGAUGUGAGCGGUGGCUUUCUGGAGAUAAUAAUAACUGCACUUAUUAUUACCCAAGAUGAUACAUUAGUCAGUGUUGUUGAUUUCCAGUUAUUAACUGAUGCUCCAACUGAAAAUCAAGACAAUGGAGUUGAUAUACAGGGCAUUUUUUUCUCUCCUCAUGGUUUUAAUACUUUAAGCAACAUGUACCUUUCCUUGUUUCCUCCCAAUGAUGUAGUGAUUGAUGUUCUUCCAUCUUACACUUUAAAAUAUCUGUUUUGGUCCCUGGCAUGGCUAUCCCGUCUGGAGAUGGUCAUUGCAAUCCAGAAAUGAUAUCAGUUUUUAGUUAAUGUCCAGGUGUUCGUUCAUUAAUUAUGUGUGUGUCUGUUUACAGUGUGUGUGAGAGAGGUGAGGGUCCCUUCUUUCCAUGAUUAACAUUGUCUGCAAAAGUGCUAUAAUAAAACAGUGUUAUAAUAAAGCUAUAUUUUAGUA